AUGGCAGUUGAUCUAACAGAAAGUAUGCAAGAUGCAGACAACUACACUGCACAACAAGAAGAGAACAUGCCAACAUCUGCAAUACUACGAUACCUCUUCAAGACGCCAUUUCAUAUAGUCGACCGUCCAGUUUUUCAGCACCACCCAAAGAUGGGAGUAUUGACGGAUGCACUGUGGCCUGAUCUGUGCUUCCUCCUUUUCGCCUUCUGGACUAUGGCCUACGUAUACGCCUCGCGGCAUUUCAACUUCUGGAUCAAGCAAGAUGUUCCCUACAUAAAGCCCCUGCCUUUUCUCGGUAACUUUGCGGACAUUGUCCUGUCGCGCUUGAGUGUGGCCCAGCUGCUCAAGAAAGUAUACGAGGAACACGGGCACCAGCCGUAUGUGGGCAUGUUUGCCUUCGAUCAGCCGUUCCUUCUCGUGCGUGACUGUCGUCUGGUGAAGCACAUCUUGAGCAGCAAAGUCUCAGGCGCCUGGGACUGGAACAGUGCUGAUUGUGACCGGUGUCCUCUGGGACCCAGAAACAUAUUUGGCGCGAGUGACGAGAGAAGACCUUCUGUCAUCCAAGGAAUAAAAUAUGCUGCCACUUUUGUCAUGCCUUUUAUUAUGAAGCCUUUUGAAAGCAGUGAUGGGGAUACAGGAUUUGAAUCAGAAUUGGGUAAAACCAUUGCAGACAAUUUUUCAAAUCGUGAAAAACAUGGUUUAACACAAGAUGUCUUCCUGGAGCUUCUGAUCCAGAUAAAAAAUAAGAGACAUGUUUCUAAUGUGAAUGAGCCAACUAGGAGAAGGAAGCAAACUGAAAGCUACUCAAGGAAUUCCAAGCCUGAAGAACAUCAAUUGGUGGGCCUGGACUGUCUGUCUCUAUUGGAAGACUUCAGUAUAUCAUUUCACAUAAUUGAUUUCACACUAUAUCACUUGGCACUCAAUCAAGAACUGCAGUCAAGUGUGAGGACAGAAGUUCAAAAAUAUAACACUUCACCUACAUAUGAGACUGUGAUCAGUAUGAAGCAACUGGAUAUGAUUGUAAAAGAGACAUUGCGCAUGUAUCCAGUCUUUGGCUUUUUGGGGUGUAAGACUACAGCAGACUGCAAAUUGCCUGGAACUGAUGUAACAAUCCCCGCUGGCACAUGGGUUGCAGUUUCUGUUUGGGGGCAGCAUAUGGAUACAGCAUUUCAUCCUAAUUCAACUACUUACAACCCUGAACGCUUUUCUGAGAAAGAUAAACUACAUAUUGAAGAAUAUACAUACAUGCCAUUUGGAGUCAGGAAGAAUAAUGAUACAGAUUUAUGUCCACUUAUAGAUAAUUCUGUCAGAGAUUAUGAUACAGCCCCAACUCCCAGUUCCAAAGCUUUACCACCAGGAAAUCUUAAGUACCACUUAGUUGACUAA